UAGCUCGCUGCGUGCAGCGACGUGGCGGCGGGGUCGGUGCUGGGCGGCGGAAGUGGCUCCAGCGCCGGGACCUGAGUGUUUGUGUUUUGGUUUGUGAAGGAGCCGGCGGCCGGCCUGAGGGGAGGAGGCGGAGGAGGGAGGAGGAGGAAGAAUCAGUCGGAACUCGAGCGCCGGCAGCGGUGGCGGAGGAGGAGGAGAAAGGAAGGAGGAAGGCGGAGCGGAGAGAGGCGGAGACGGAGCCCGACAGGGGCGGCACCACGGCUCCAGCUCCUCACCGUCCAGUGUGAGGGGAGCGGCGCGAGGAGGAGACGCCGCCGCAGCCACAGCCUCAUUCGUCCUUCGGGCCACGCCUGGGCCUUAACACCAGGAAGCUGCGGCCCCGCGGCUUCGCGUGGCGCGGUCUCAGGUUUCUUGACCUCCAGAAAGAAAAAAAAAUUGACACUUUGCAUCCUGGAAGUGCAUUUAGAAGUCUGAAAUUAGAAACUUCUUUCAAAUUUGGACAUGGCUAAUCGAGGAGCAACAAGACCAAAUGGGCCAAACACUGGAAAUAAAAUAUGCCAGUUCAAACUAGUACUUCUGGGAGAGUCUGCUGUUGGCAAAUCAAGUCUAGUCCUUCGUUUCGUGAAAGGCCAGUUUCAUGAAUUUCAAGAGAGUACUAUUGGGGCUGCUUUUCUGACCCAAACUGUGUGUCUUGAUGACACAACGGUAAAGUUUGAAAUAUGGGAUACAGCUGGUCAAGAACGGUACCACAGCUUAGCACCAAUGUACUACAGAGGAGCACAAGCAGCCAUAGUUGUAUAUGAUAUCACAAAUGAGGAAUCCUUUGCAAGAGCCAAAAACUGGGUUAAAGAACUUCAGAGGCAAGCAAGUCCCAACAUUGUAAUAGCUUUAUCAGGAAACAAGGCUGAUCUAGCAAAUAAAAGAGCUGUAGAUUUCCAGGAAGCACAGUCCUAUGCAGAUGACAACAGUUUAUUAUUCAUGGAGACAUCAGCUAAAACAUCAAUGAAUGUAAAUGAAAUAUUCAUGGCAAUAGCUAAAAAGUUGCCAAAGAAUGAACCACAGAAUCCAGGAGCAAAUUCUACUAGAGGAAGAGGAGUAGACCUUACUGAACCUACACAACCAACCAGGAGUCAAUGUUGUAGUAACUAAACCUCCAGUUUGAACUAGCUGGAAUAUUCUGCUUCCUAAAUGUUAACAGCGGGAUUGGAGCAUUUAACCGGCCCAGUAUGACUUCCAAAAAGAAGAGACUUACGAUAGAGUCGAGUUUCUAAUACAGAAUUAUUUUAUGUGUUUUGAACUUAAUUUUUAAUAACAUGCAUGUAUCCCUCUAACUAAUGUUACAGCAAUAGAAAGGGAAGAUGGGAACUAUGUGUAUUCUUGUUUCAUUGGAAGGUUACGAGGGAAUCAUUUGUCAUCAUUAGAGAUAAAGAUAAAUGACUGGAUCCACAGCUAACCAUCCAGUUUCUCCAAACUGGAGCAGUAGUCAUCUAUGGAAAAGAUUUAGAAAUUAUUAAUUUGGACUUUUGAAAAACAUUUUUAGGAUUCUCCAGAUGUUUAUGCUUAGCCGCAGUAUUCAGGCAAAUGAUAAUUUCUUUUAUCUAAAGUGUACAUUCCACAUUUUAAUAAUAAAUUAACCAUAAGAAUACCGUCCCACAUCUCCAGGAAGAAAAAGGAAAUUAGUGGCAUCAAAAUUAUAGCCAGUCCCAUUAUUUUUUUAAAUGGGGUAAAAAAGCAAAUGUAGCCCCAUCUUGUUUUAAGAGUAUAAAAACAGAUGAAUGCAAUUUAAUAAAUAGUGUUCUCUUCAUGUGAGCUCUUCAACAAAAAUGAAACAAACCAGGUGUCUGUGAUUUAUAUUUAAUCACUGCUGGCCAUUAUAUAGGUCUUGUUUGGGGAUAGGGAAGGGGCUUUUGUUCCCUUUGAACAUAAAUAUAGUCAGUGCACUAACAAUUAUGUACAUUCAAACUUGAUUACUUUAAAUUUGAUUUCCAUCUGUACUGUAAAUAGGGUACUGCAUUGUCUCCAUAUGUUUAUUAUUUUUCUGUAAUAUUUAAGAAUUGCUUAAAGUAUACAAAAUGUACAGUUACUAAAACUGCUAAUUAUUUCUUCCUCCUUUGAAAGGAAGGGGCUUCAGUUGUUCCUCAUAACUAGAACCAUAAUAAACAAUGUACCUGUAAUUUGUAACAUAAAUAUUGCAUUGUUAGUAACAAUCUUGCAGCCUUGUUUUUGAAAGUCCAUUUUAUUUUGAUCAGUUCAGUAUAUUGCACUAAUUAUUUUAGGUCUUUUCAUUAUAUGAAAUCUACCAUGUGUCAGAGAUGAUUUAAUCUAUUUAAGUGUUGAACUGCUAGCAGAACUUGUACAUUUUACAGUAAUUCAGAAUUAGUAAGGAAAACAGUUCACCAGUGUUUAGUUUUAUAUUGAGGUGCUCAGGUUGGAAUAAAGUGGUAUAAAAAGCAA